CACACAGGAGCUUCAGUAUUGUAGACCAUUGUGUGUAAAAGAUGGACUCAAAACUUACGGUGGGUAUGAUGGGCAAAUUUAAUAUGUUUUUUUAUAGCUUUACCGGACUUUGCUUAAAAAAAAUUAUUGUGGCACGCACAUUCUAAAAUCAUAGUUUUUAACGAACCUCAUUAUAAGUCCCACAGGUCUUCCUGAUUGCUGGUUGGAUAGCGCACCCCUGUAAGCUGUAGAUCAAUGUUAUAAAUCCAUUUCGAUAAAAACUUUUUGCUUAGUCCAGUUAAAUAUAAAGUGUUUUGAUUGCAGAUUUUAGCCGUCUUUUUGGUGCUUUUGGCGAACGUCGAAUCAAGAUCAACUGUUCGAAGCCUAAGCUCAGUUUACCGUGGACAGAAUUGCAGAGGAGGAAACCUCAUUAAGAUUCAUACAGAAAAAUGUUCAACGUUUUCAGGAAAACGGCACUGUGUAGCAAAAUGUGAUGGUUCUCGUACUUCAGACCCUACGACAAGUAAGUUAGGUGUCUGAAAUCUUGGUAACAUGGAGCGCAAACGGAACUUCAAAAUCAUAGUAUUGAAGCGGCAAUUGACAAAAUUUGACCUAUGUGACUGACGCCAGUAAAAAAAAAAUCUUACAAAGAAGUAAAUUAAGGGCAAGAUGAAUAAGUUCGUUGAUUUUUCUAGUUCUUCAAGAACCGAUUUUCACGAAGGUAAAGUUGAUUUAGUGUAUUUCCCAUUUCAAAAAGCAAAUUGAAUACUUUACCAUGUUUAUCCUCUCCUUUUUUUUUCAUCGAGUUUUUGUUACACCAAUAUCAGUUGUAGUUUGAAACGAUCUCGCAAUUUAUCAAAAGGAUGUUGCCGUUUAAUCAAAGGUAAUAUUUAGCGCCAUAUUUUCGUUCAUAAUCUUGUUUUCCUCUUCCAUUAUCAAAGGAAUUAAGAUUGAGUCCGUGGGAGGAAGGAAGUGCAUCCAAUUCACUAAAAACGAAAACGGAACUCAAUAUCUAUAUGCCUUAAAGGUCGUCAACGGGACCAAUGUUGUUUUUGAGGUUAGUCAGGAAGUCUUUUGAGAAUUGUUCGUGAGCAGAAGUACUCAACAUCUCUGGCCACUCCUCAAGAAAACAGCUCAUUUAGAUCUUUGUUCUCGUACUUGAAUUUGGGAAUGGUAGACAUAAAUAAAAGAAUGUAAAUGUAAGUGUUACUAUGUCAGAUUUCUAGAAGAAUCAAAAAUAGUCGCGAGUCUUGCAUUUUCCACGAAAAUUAGCAUUGAUAUGUAAAGGUCACGUAAAGGUUUCAGUCGGGGAACAAAACAGUGGACUCAUUCUGAAUUACAUAAACAAUCGAAUUUGCUCUGCAUUUCUUCAAAGUUGUGGACUAAAGUUUCCUUUUAUGGCAAAGCUGAGAAAGUAGGUGGUACUCGUCUACAUGCCUUAUUAAUGUUCAUUGUUCGUAUUCAUCAAUUGAAUGUUUAUUAAUGUUUAUUGACAUGUAUUUUUGUUCUUCUUUCACAGGAAGGUGGUUGCCAAAAACCAAUUGAGGACGGUUUCCUCUUUGAAGAGUCAGUGAUAAGGAUAAGAAGUGGAAACUCGAAACGAUUUGUGUAUAAAAAAUACAACACCAUGUGUCUAGCCACUGAUUGCGACGGAAAUCUUUCUCUAAUUAGUACAACAAACAAAAUUAAGAGCAUGUGCAGGUUUCUUAAGCUUAAAUAAAUAACAAUCAUCUGUUAAAGCUGAUGGUAAUGACGGUAAUCUGUUUUUGAUUUUACAUCUGUUCAGCACUUAUAUCGCGACAAUAACAAUUCAGGUAGCGUAAAAGUAAUUUACAGAGGAGUUUAAAAGGAGGC